UACUUGUGUUUUUAGCAUAAAAUACUAGGGUAUAACUAAACUUUUAAUCUUAAACUAUACAUUUAAAUUUGUGUUAUCAUAAUAAAGGAAUAUUGGUACGCUUUUAAUCUCAUUACACGAGGACAAAUAAGUUAAUAAUUGAAGUAAAAUUUUAAAAAAAAUUUCGUUGGUAUGUUAUGACUUCUUACUGUUUGCCUCCUUUUAAGAGAUCCUUGAAGUUUUUUUCCUUUUUGACAACAUUUAUCGAUAGCCGAGGAAUCAAAAUGAGCUUUUUUUAGACUACGCGGUUUUGAAAUAAGCCGGUUUUCUUCUUUGGCCGAUGUUGACGGCGCUCUGAGCUUGUAACUUUAUCAGGAGGUUACUCUGCUUCCCAGGUUUCCGUGUUUUUUGGCGUCUGCUACUUUCGUACUUUCCAACUUGAAACUUUAUUCUCUAUUCUCUAUGAGUUUUUAAUGUUUAUGCUGUGAAUUGAGUAAGGAAUAUUUAAUAAUGAGCUACGUCGAGAUUGUCGAGGAAGACGCGGCCGAUUUGCGCUUUCCAAAGGAGUUUGAAAACGCCGAGACCCUUCUCAUAUCUGAAGUGCACAUGCUCCUGGCCCACCGCAAGGCGCAGAACGAGAGCGCAGAAGAGGAGCAGGAGUUCUCCGAGGUCUUCCACAAGACGGCGACAUACACUGAGAGGUUCCGCAAGUUCAGGAACAAAGAGACAAUUGCCUCCGUGAGGAACCUGUUGACACAGAAGAAACUGCAUAAAUUCGAGCUCGCUUCGCUUGCCAACCUCUGCCCUGAGAUGCCAGAAGAAGCAAAAGCACUCAUCCCUAGCCUGGAAGGACGUUUCGAAGACGAAGAACUAAGGCAGAUCUUGGACGACAUCCAGACGAAACGGAGUCUUCAAUAUUAAAUUUCCUACAUUAAAUGUCCUAUAUUAUAAUUUUAUAUUUAUUUUCUUUAUUAUC